AUGGGACAAUCCAUGCUAGGCUGGAAAGCGGACGACUUCUUCAUCGCCGUCAACAAGCAACUGAACUCUCUUGAUCCGGAAACUAUCCAUGAGGCGUGCAAAUCGUUCCAGCAUAUGACAGAAGUGGCCUCCCAGUCUCUACUUAAGGCCUUUGAGAUGUUCACGCUUAUCCUGCUAUUCACGGUGUUUGCGAUUUCUCUGGCUACCUUCGCCAUGACACGCAUCAUGAGAAACCUGAACAAGCAUGUACAGAAGGUAUCUGCCAGUCUACAAAUCCUCAACACCAAUAUCACAAGCCAAGGAGUACUCAAUCAUCAACGCCUGUUUGCUGAAGCAGUGUACAACUUCAUUGUCCUGCAACACGUGCAGCAGUGCAUGCAUCCUGACGAGUACCCUGCCGAGGUCAAUUCCGACGAAGCUCAAUAUCUUGUCUUCCAUCCGUCCAACGAUUGGCACCCUAGCUUCUUCGCGUACGGUACCGGAAAGUGGACUGGAAGCUUCAUGCACGAGGGCAAUAACCAUAUCCUCAAGAAAGUACGUCUUUUCAGCAGUGCGCAAAAACUUGCAAAACACCUCGACGACCACGCCAACUCUCAAGUCACCAAAACCCCCGAAGCUCUGCCGUUCACGUACAUCCUCCUACCUUCGACUACUACAUACACACUGCCAUUCACACUGUAUCUUCCCCAGCAUUUCCAGCAUGUGAGAGUCGUCGGCCAGACUGAUCGAAACGGCAAACCAUACUGCCGUGCCUGCAUCACUGGUGUCAACCCGUCUGAUGUCGUUGAUGUCGACUUGUUGGCAGAAGACGAGGCCCCUGAGUACCUCCCACGUGGAUCUACUUUUGAUAAGCGACUCUAUCCUCUUCUCUGCCUUAUCAUUGUGGUUCUCUGGUUUGAGGAGAUGUUCCGCCAGUUGUUCGGCUUGCUUGGAGAGAUUGUAUGGGAUCGGUGUGGAUGUUUGCUUUGGCCUUACUGA